GUGUUAGAAUGUGGUUGAGAACGGAAGGACUUAUAGUUCUAUUGAUAUUUUGCUACAUUUCCGAAUUACACGCUUCACACGGUGUCAGCAGUACCAUUAUUAUUGUAGAGGAUGCCAAAGCUUGUUUCCGGCGUGUGCUAGCCGGAAAACGCAUUGCACCGCACUGGGUUAGACGCACUAUUGCAUGCGAACGUGUCGAGGAAUGCAUGCGUGAAUGCGGCCAUGAGAAACGUUUUAUGUGUGAAGGUUUCAAUUAUCGUUUGGAUCCAUCAGGACAUGGUCAAGGCGAUUGUGAACUUAUAGAAAUACCACUUUCACAAAUGGACUUAUACUCUAGUCCCAACCAGAGAGAUUCCAAUUUGUUACGACAUCCCGACUAUGAUUAUUAUGAACGUGAUCGCAAUGCGCCCUCAAGUUGUCGCAGAAACUUAUGUCAAGAUUGCGGAAAAGGUGGUUUAUCAAGUCGCCCAUUAUACAUUAAGCCAAGCGGUUGGAGUGAUAAACCUUAUCGAGAAGAACAUUACUUACCCUCACCACCUAGUAGCAGUGGCUAUGAUGACUCAGAUAGAUAUCGCCCACCAAGCAGCACAGCACUAGAACAUUACCGACCAUCCGGUCCGCCAAGACCACCAAUAUCAUAUGACCAUCGCCCAGCACCACCUCCACCUCCUUCAGGCUAUCACUCCAGCUCAUAUGAAUUUUCAUCUCAUGGUUCCAGUUAUUAUGAACACACUCCACCACACAGUUCCGGAUAUGGUUCCAGCGGUUCUGGUAUUGGUCCAAUAGACCGUUAUGAUGUGAUACGCCCUGAUGACUAUCAUUAUCGCCCGAGUCGUCCAAGUCGUCCAAGUCGUUGGGAAUCUAUAUCAAGCAGUUCUGGUUACGACUCCAGUUCGAAAUAUGGUCCUAGACCUGGAGAUGAUCACAGAGAUUAUCCACCAUAUCGUCCAAGUUCUUCACAUGAGAUUACUGGUCCUUCUGGUCCAUCAGGUUCUUAUUACUCAGGUCCACCACCGCGUCCAUCAUCGCAUAAUUACUUAGAUCGUGAUGGCCCACCAGGUAGUUAUAAGAAGACAAGCAAAUUUGUGCCCUACUUAAUCGGUGGAGAUAAUAAUUGGGGAAGUUAUGGUGGCAGUUAUGGUGGUAGUUAUAACAAAUAUUCAUCCUACUGGGGCUUAAAUGAACAGAACAGGCGUAGAGAUCCGAUUGACUUUAAUUAUUUUGAUUUGGGUGGUUCACGUCCGCGCCCACCACAUGAAUCCAAUUCAGUGCUACACUAUCCCGGUUCUGGCUAUGGUGGAGAUAGCGAUAGCUUUAGAGAUAGACAUGAUUAUAGACAUCAAUGGACUAGGCGCCCGGGACCUGAUGAAUGUUCUGCGAAAACGAGCGAAGGCUUUCGUUUACACAAAACAGUUGUCAAGCACGCAUACAAUGUACCCACACUAACAGAAUGUGAACGUUUAUGUUCGGGUCAAGAUGGAUUUAUAUGUCACACCUACAGUUACAGAUACACACAAGCUGGACGUGAUAACUGUAUGCUCUGUGAUCGUCCCGUGAAUUUACUCGAUUAUUACGUUGACAUUGAACCAGAUCGUGAUUAUGAUAUAUAUUCUAUGGCAGAUGACUUGGACGUUUGCAGAAAACCUUCACGUAGUGAUGGCCCCAGCACGGCAUUAUCAGAUCCAAGAAAUGCACAAUGUUUCUUCCGCGCCAUCGAUGCUACACGUUUUUUCAAAUCCAUUGUGCGAGACUCUCUGACAGUUCGUUCAGUUGGUGAAUGCGAAAUGGAAUGCAUAAAAUCCACAAAAUUCACCUGUCGUGCCUUCGCCUUCCGGUAUGGUCAACAAAGGCAUGCAAGUGUCAUUGACAAUUGUCAACUAAGCGAUUGGCCAGUACGCGAUAUGGACAAGGAAAGACAUCUAAUAUUGGAUGCAACUUUUGAUGUAUUUGAGAGAGCUAGCUAUGGUCACGGAUGUGAAAUUCAACCAAUUGUCGAUGAUAAACAUAAGAAAUCAGUUUGUUAUUUAGGUUAUGGAUCACCAGCAAAGCUACUGCCAGCAGCUAUAAAAAAAGUUAUAUCUGUGCCUUCAGAGAUAGAAUGCAAAAAGGAAUGUGUACGUUUUAGAGAAACGACAUCAUUUAAGUGCUACUCAUUCAGUUUCGGCUCUCGCUCUAGUUCCUAUAAUUGCGAAAUGUCCGAUUUAGAUCAAACAGAACUGAAGCUCGAUCUUCAUUACACGCACACAAAUGAUCGAGAUUAUUGGCUUUUUGCUUGGAAUCCUUUUGAUUGGACUUGUCGCGAUAAAGUGAAUACAAUCGGCGGCAAUCGAGUGAAUAACGAUCGCCGUAUGGACAUAUUCCGCGAACCCGGCGAUGUAGCUUGGCGACAUUACACCGUAACUGGAAAACCAUGCAGACGCAGCAGCCCAUGUGAAAAGAAUCUGGUAACUGGCUUCUACUCUUGCGAAAUAGAUGGAGGUGAAGUCGGAUCUUGGGAUUACUGCUGCAAGGCAGAUCACCCCUGUGGCUACUCACAGGGGUUCGAUUAUCCAUGGUGUCCUGUUGGUGACGAACCAGAUCAAUGGCGCAAAUGUAGUGAUCGUUAUUAUCCAAGCAAUAAUACAUUAACACAUUCCGCAAUAACACUGCCACCUAGUAAAAAUAAGAAAAAACCUAAUUCCGGUAAUAAUAACGAAUAUCAACAUCCUCCACGUCCAGGUGGACUACAAAGUUUAAGCGAUUUUGCAGCCGCCCGUUUAUGGCCAGUAACGUAUUUAUAUAGUGAAGGACCACCCAAUUCGACUGAAUUUAGCAAUUUUGUCGAUUGUAAUAAGGAGUCCUGUUAGAUAUACGUCAACUUAAAUUAACUUAACUUGUAAUUAAUUUAGUAUCCGUUGGUUAGUUAUAAAAGAAACUUUUAACAUUCCAAACAUAUCAACUUUGGCUCUUAACAAAAUAAAAAUAUUAUAUCAAUUGUGA